CAAUCGCAGCCUCCCUUACUGCCUGGUGGGCUGAGCUGCAGCCCCAUCGCCCAGCUGAUCCCAGCAGCCUCGGCCAUGUCAGCACCAGAUUCAGGCAGUGGCCCUCCUCCUGGGCAGCCGGCCCCGUUUCCCCCUGCUCCGCCACCGCCACCAAUUCUGCCUCCUCCCUUUAUGCCUCCUCCUGGGAUCCCGCCACCCUUUCCCCCAAUGGGAUUGCCCCCAAUGGGACCACGCCCACCCCCCAUGCCACCCAUGCCCCCAGGUAUGAUGCCACCUCCCCCAAUGAUCCCACCCAUGCCUGGACCGCCACCUUUGGGGCAGAUUCCCACAAUGGUGCCACCCAUGCUGCCUGGGAUGAUGAUGCCUGGGGUGCCAGCGGGGCCUGUUCCUGUCACUGGAGGGGCAGCUCCUGUGACUGACCCAUCCAAUGCCACUGUAACUCAAGCAGCACCGGUGAUCCCCUGUCCAUUGACAGGGGCCAUGCAACAGAAUGUCAUCGUCAGUGGCUCCCCAGCACUGGAAACAGGGCGGAAGAAGCCUGCAUGGAGUGAGCACAGAGCUCCUGAUGGACGGGUAUAUUAUUACAAUUCUGAAACCAAACAAUCAAGUUGGGAAAAGCCAGAUGAGCUCAAGUCCAAGGCUGAGCUCUUGCUGUCUCGCUGCCCCUGGCGUGAGUACCGCUCGGAGACUGGAAAGCCCUAUUACUACAACACUCAGACCAAAGAGUCACGUUGGACCAGGCCCCGGGAGCUUGAUGACAUUGAGGCACUGAUCAAGGAGGAAGAGGAGGAUGCAGAGAAGCAACAGCAGCCUGAGCUGCCAGAAGCACCCUUGUCCGGCCCAGCCAGUCCCAGCCCCUCUUCCGCAGCCACUUCAGACACAGAAGGCACUGGCGUUGAAGGACGGGAGACCCCGGUCACUGAAGGGGGCCCUCCUGCUACCGAGGAGGAAAUUACAAGCAGUUCUGAUCCUGUCCGGAAAGAUGAGGAGGAGCGUGGCACAGGCAAUGCAUGGAUCAACAAGGAGGAGGCCAAACAAGCUUUUAAAGAGCUGCUAAAGGAAAAGGGUGUUCCAGCAAGUGCAUCAUGGGAGCAGGCCAUGAAGAUCAUUAACAGUGACCCUCGGUUCAGUGCCUUGCCAAAGCUGAGUGAGAAGAAGCAAGCCUUCAAUGCCUACAAGGCCCAGCGGGACAAGGAAGAGAAAGAGGAAACUCGACUCCGGGCAAAGGAAGCCAAGGAAGAGCUGCAGCGUUUCCUGGAGCAGCACAACAAGAUGAACUCCACCACCCGCUACAGGAAAGCUGAGCAGAUGUUUGGGGAACUGGAAGUGUGGGCUGUGGUCCCGGAGCGCGAUCGCAAGGAGAUCUAUGACGAUGUUCUCUUUUUCCUGGCCAAAAAAGAGAAGGAACACGCCAAGCAGCUGCGCAAGAGGAACAUCCAGGCCCUGAAGAGCAUUUUGGACAGCAUGAGCCGUGUCAGCUUCCAGACCACAUGGUCCGAGGCCCAGCAGUACUUGAUGGAUAACCCCAGCUUUGCUGAAGAUGAGGACCUACAAAACAUGGACAAGGAGGACGCCUUAAUCUGCUUUGAGGAACACAUCCGGACGUUGGAAAGGGAGGAAGAGGAGGAACGUGAGCGAGGCCGGCUGCGGGAGAGGCGCCAGCAGCGCAAGAACAGGGAAGCCUUCCAGGCCUUCUUGGACGAGCUUCACGAAAACGGGCGCCUGCACUCCAUGUCCACUUGGAUGGAGCUGUAUCCCUCCCUCAGCACUGACAGACGCUUUGCCAACAUGUUGGGCCAACCUGGCUCCACCCCACUGGACCUGUUCAAGUUCUACGUGGAGGAUCUGAAGGCCCGGUUUCAUGAUGAAAAAAAGAUAAUCAAGGAUAUCCUCAAGGACCGGAGCUUUGGCGUCGAAGUCAAUACAACUUUUGAGGACUUUGCUCACAUCAUCAGUUUUGACAAGAGGGCUGCGACACUAGACGCUGGCAACAUUAAGCUAACUUUCAACAGUCUUCUGGAGAAGGCCGAAGCACGAGAACGCGAGCGGGAGAAGGAAGAAACCCGUAAGAUGCGGCGCAAGGAGGCAGCUUUCAAGGGCAUGUUGCGGCAGGCAGCCCCCCCACUGGAGCCCGGCAUUGCCUGGGAUGAGGUCCGGGAACGAUUCGUCAAUAAUAUUGCUUUUGAGCAGAUCACACUGGAGUCAGAGCGGAUCCGCCUCUUCCGUGAGUUCCUGCAAGUUCUGGAGAUGGAGUGCCAGCAUUUCCACGCCAAAGCCAAGAAGCACACCAAGAAGCCCAAGAAGCACCACCGCAAGCGCUCUGCUUCAGGCUCGGAGUCUGGUUCAGAUCACCCCCACCGUGCAGCCAAACGGAAGAAACGCAACCAUUCAGAAUCUGCUGGAUCGGGGGCAUCUUCCUCACCUGAUUCAGAGCACAGCACCAGGCGCUCUAAGAGGCAGAAGAAGAAGAGCAAGAAAAAAAGACACAAAUCGAACAGCCCUGAAAGUGAAGCGGAGCACAAGAAAGAGCCAAGCCGACCUGAGGAGUGGGAGAGAGAGAAGGCCCCUCCGCGACCUGAGGGAAGAGGCCGCUCCCCUCCCCGGGGCGCCAGGCGGGAGCGGAGCGGCUGGGACACCUCAGAAAGCGAGGAGCUGAGUGAGGGUGAGUUGGAACGGCGCCGGCGGACUCUGCUGCAGCAACUGGGUGACCAGUAACAACCACUGCCUCCUUGGAGGCGCUCCACACUCCCCAUUUCCCUCAUACCUGAAACCUAGUUGGUCCUUGUUCCUGCAUAAGGCCCUGCCUUCCAUUGCUUUGUUUUUGUGUUGGGGCCUUAACACCAUCCAGGCCAAGAGUUCAUCCAGCUCAGUCGGGAUCCCUGUGCAGUUGGGCCACAAGCCCACCUUCAAGCAUGGCCCCUUGUCUCUGAAUGGGCAGCAGCCUGGUCCCACUGAUGGGGAUGGUCUCUACUUGCCUCCCCGCUACCCUACCUACACAAAGUGGCAACAUGGAGGAUUGUAAUCACCAAUCUGGACCUAGACAUCAUCUCCACAUUUCACAUCCAGCUCUGGAAAAGGACCAGAGUGUUGACUAGACUGCCUGAGACUGGAGCCUCUCUGGCCUUGAACCAGAACAGCAGCAGCCAGCAAGUUUACAGACCCAGUCCUAUGUCAGUGAGCUUCUGAAGUCUGAGUUGGGCUGGGGCACGGAUCCUCCUCCUGAAGGUUUGUUCUCCUUGACUGGGUCCUUCUUCCUGGUUGCAGUAUCCCUUGUAUGUUGGAAGAUUUCAGUGGAAUUUUUAAAAAGAUAUUUAUAAUAAACCUGGACUGGAA